AUGGUUGUGUCUUGGUACCGUAUUGUGCUUCCUAGUACCGUACAGUACCGUACCAGACGGGCUGAUUCUUUCGAUCAGCUCUUCUAUUUAGAACCCCCAGGCGAACCUUGCUACUUUUUCCGCCCAUUCGUUUCGUCAGCCGGUCCUGGUGACCCUGCGAUCGUCCGGCAGGGAGAGCUUGAUUCUGUUCCUUUAUACCGGUGCUUUCUCCGUUUGGGUGGACAGCGGAAGAUGGCGUAUGCCACCUCCGCCCCCUCUGCCUUCAAUGGCGAUCUUCAUCCGAAUCUGAAACUUGUAACCUCACUCCCGAAAUUUAGCCAGCUACAUCAUGCUAUCGCCUCUCUCCCAUUGGGAGUUCACUCCUCUUCCACAACUUCAUAUUCUUCUUCUCGCACUUCCAGCCCAUUACAUACUCCUCAAAACACCUAUGACCCUCCAAGCCCCAUGAGCGCAUCUUUUCAGCAUACGCCGGAUGUACUCCGAGGGAGAGUGGAAACUGCUCCGCUUCCUUGCCCUACACCGCUGGAUCUGGGAGAAUCUGCAAUUGGGAUUAUUCCAAGCGUUGCAAACUCCGUGAACUCAGCUGACUCCUCCGGUUCGAGCAACAAAGCCCCUGGUUUGAUGCGGAGGAUCUCUCGGGGUGCAGCUAGCAAGUUUACCAGGAGGCAGUCCGUUUCUCGCCAGAACAGGCGCGACCAUAGCUCGGGCCCUGUGAUCAUGCGCAGACGAAGCGACAGUAGACCGGGGAAUCGGAAUAUUCGCGAGACCGCACUUGACAUAGAUGACGAUGAUGUCGAUAAUGAGCCUCUGGGUGCUUUGGUUUCCAAUCCGGCGAGUGAGAAUUGCAUGCUACCCGUUCGCGAUGGCGGUGCGAUUGCGCCAAAGGUCGACUCGUCUAUCCAGUGCGGCACUGUUCUGACGAAGGUAACGAAGAAGCGGAAGAAGCAAGUGCGGUUCUUCCUGGACUUGGAUACGGCCAAGGUCUUUUGGGACUUCUCGAACCAAACAAAACGCUUUUAUAUCGACGACAUCAAAGAAAUCCGUACUGGUGCCGAUGCUCGCAACUACCGCGAGGAGCAUGGGGUACCACAGGAUGCUGAAAGCCGCUGGUUCACCAUCAUCAUUUCAGAAUCCGAGCGAUCCAAGGAGCGACCAUACAAAACUCUACAUCUCAUUGCGCCUGAUCAAAUCACCCUGGAGCAUUGGACUACUACUCUUGAACAUAUCUCGCGUUAUAGGAUUGGCCUUAUGGCUGGCCUGGCUGGAUCUGGCCAGAGUGAGGCUGUUCUGAAAGCUCAUUGGCAACGCGAGAUGGCAAAAUUAUUCCCACAGGGACCCAAGCAAGGCGAGGUAGAAAGUCUUGAUUUUGAAACCAUCCAGAGGGUGUGUCGGAGUCUGCAUAUUAACUGCUCAAAGAAUAUGCUUCGUGCACAGUUCUCGAAAGCCGACUGUGGAAAUACGGGCAAGCUUACAUUCUCCGAGUUCAGGGACUUUGUUGCGCGGCUGAAGGAGCGGAAAGAUGUGAAGUCCAUUUAUAACGAAAGUGCUUCGGAUGCAAGUCAGGGCCUGUCCCUGACUGAAUUCUUGGCGUUUCUUCGCGACGUGCAGAAGGAAGAUGUCGAUUCGGAUCGAGCCUACUGGGAAUCGAUCUUUGGAAAAUUCGUUCGAAAGUCUAAAUCGAGGGCCCAAAGCCUUCCCGGUUCGCCAAACCUCCAAGAUACGCAAAUGAGACUAGACGCUUUCUCUUCGUUUUUGGCAUCUGCCUACAAUGGAGUUUACUCGUCCCAUCCUCCCAGGUCGAGGUUCGACCGUCCACUUAACGAAUACUUCAUAUCGAGCUCUCACAACACGUAUCUUCUGGGGCGACAGGUCGCUGGUGCCUCGAGCACGGAAGCAUACGUCACUGCAUUGCAGCAAGGGUGUCGCUGCGUGGAAAUUGACUGCUGGGAUGGUGCAGAUGGCCGUCCCAUUGUAUCACAUGGAAGAACCAUGACUAGCAGCGUUCUAUUCGCAGACUGUAUCUCGGUGAUCAACAGAUGUGCGUUCACCUCGUCAGACUUUCCCCUUAUCCUGUCUCUUGAGGUACACUGCAAUCCAGAACAACAAUUCGCAAUGGUGAAGAUCAUGAAGGAUACGUUUAAGGAUCAGCUUGUACUUGAGCCUCUGUUGGCAAGCAAUAUCCUUCCGUCUCCGGAAGAGCUCAAGGGCCGUAUUCUAGUCAAGGUCAAAACGUGCGACGAGGGUGAAGACCUUCAACGUCGAGCUACUAGCCCUGAAAUUAUCGCGGGUCGUAAACGGAGUUCAAGCUCACCUUUUAUGCGCCCGACUCAAUCAGAGACGCAUGUCCCUGCCUCUCUUCCCUCAUUGUCCAGUCCACCGUCAUUUGGUACACAGGAUGCAAUCGGCCCUCUUCUCGCCCGCCAGAAACGAUCACCGACAUCUGCUAGCUUAAGCAGCGCGACAGACGAUAGCGAUGGUGCAUUGAUGUCUUCUGUCAAGUUAGAAAGGAAGAGACGCCAGAAGAGUAAGAUAACGAAACCGCUUUCUGACUUGGGUGUUUAUACACGAGGGUAUAAAUGGCGCGGUUUCUCGUCCCCGGAGAGCAAGCGGUUCAACCAUGUGUACUCAUUUGCGGAACGAUCGUUCGAGGGCAUAUGCCGCGACUCGGAUAACAAGGCGCAGUUGGAGAUACACAACCGUACGUAUCUCACGCGAGUAUAUCCAUCGGGCUUCCGAUUACGAUCCUCCAAUUUCGACCCUAACAAAUUCUGGAGGCGUGGUGUACAGAUGGUGGCACUCAACUGGCAGACGUACGAUAUCGGCAUGCAGUUGAACCAAGCCAUGUUUGCUGCUGGAAGCGAUCGUACCGGCUACGUUCUCAAACCCGAUAGUCUACGUGCACCGGGUGUGGAUGGUGAUCCUAAGAAGCGGAAGAUGGAACGGAAAGUUGUGCGGUUUUCUGUCGAUGUGAUUUCCGCUCAACAACUUCCCCGACCGCGCAGUCUCGGCCCUGACGACAACAUCAACCCCUAUGUGGAAAUUGAGAUGUUCAGUGCGGACGAUCGAGGGCAAAGCCUGGCUUUCGGCGAAGGUGGUAUGAAUGCCUCUGCACGAAAUGGCAUGUCAGGGCUUGGUUUCCCACAUCGUCGACGGACGAAAAUCGAACAGAGUAACGGGUACAGCCCAAUCUUUAAUGAUCGCUUCAAGUUAUCGUUGGAGACGAAGUAUCCCGACUUGGUGUUUGUGCGAUGGGUUGUAUGGAGUUCCUUGGACGGACGCAGUGCAGGGAAUAAUAACAGCGUGCAACUUGCAACUUUCACUGCGAAGCUCAGCAGUCUGUCUCAGGGGUACCGCUACCUACCUCUUUACGAUGGCAGCGGGGACCAGUAUCUGUUCUCGACUCUGUUCUGCAAAAUCACCAAGGAGGAUCCAGUGCCUGUUCAACGGCUAGGUCUGGAGGAGCUCCGGGCGGAGCGAAUGGGUAUCCUUCGCCAAAUUGGACAGACGGUGUUCAAACGCGGUUCAUCUUCGGAGCGAGAUAAAGAUCGACCGCAUGACAAGGGCGUCGAAAUGCCCGUGAGCACCGAGGAAAGGGACAGUUGUCCUUCAUUGACGCCGACAGUUUCUGCGACAUCUGCAUCAUCGUUGCAGAUUUGA